AUUGUGAACUAACCCCGUUACUUCCUGCCUCCAGUAUGCGAUACAAUGGUCUGAGUGUCGUGUUAACUCUUUUGUUAUCUGUGAUAAAAGGAGGAGAAGGUCGUGUGGUAGAGCCACAGUCACCAGACCGUACGGGGUUCCAGGUGUUGAGGCUGCAGGCAAGUGACAGUGACCUGGUGGACACAGCACUGCGACUAGCUGACGAAUAUGAGUUAAACGAAUGGGCCGAAUUAAACCGUCCUGAUGGCUAUGUGGACGUGAUGGUGAAUCUAGAGAAGAAGGAGAGGUUCACCAGAGCAAUAGAAGAUGCGGGCAUCGUGUCCAGCGUCAUGAUAGAGGAUGUGGAGGAGAGAAUUAAACGUCAUGUGACCAUGAAGAAGAGGAGUGCAAAUGAUAAUUACGACUAUGAUAGCUUUAACGUUUUCGAAGACAUAGAGAAAGAACUGAAGAAAAUCAACAACACAUAUAGUGACAUUGCCAGACUCGAUAUAAUCGGUGAAACAUUUGAGAAGCGCAACAUGUACGUAUUGCGAGUAAGUAAAGACAUCGGACCAGCUCCAACCAAACCAAUAAUCCUUAUUGACGCAGGCAUCCAUGCUAGAGAGUGGGUCUCCAUCUCCACCAUCAUGUACAUCAUCAACCAGGUCGUCAGGAACCCCAGUGAUGACCUUUACAUCAAGGCAUUCCUUGACUCUUAUGAGUUCGUUUUCAUGCCCGUUCUCAAUCCAGAUGGGUACGCGUACACACAGGUAGAUAGACUGUGGAGGAAGAACAGAGUCUAUAACGAUAAAUCCUCGUGUAGAGGGGUAGAUCUGAACAGAAACUGGGACUACAAGUGGGGAGGUCUAGGAACUAGUGGACGUCCCUGUCAAAUAGAUUACCGAGGUCCCGCAGCGUUUAGCGAGUUAGAAACCAAAGCCGUACAGAAGUGGGUAGAAGCAUAUAAAUCAAAAAUCCUACUCUACAUUAAUUUCCACGCUUACGGUCAGUUGUGGAUGACUCCAUAUGGUUACAGCACGGAUACGCCCAGCAAUGAGGUGGAGAUGCUUAAAUACAGCAAGAUUGCUGUCAAAGCUAUUAAGAAGUCACGGGGUACUGAAUAUAGAUAUGGUCCUGUCUACACGACAAUCUAUCCAGCAAGCAGUAUCAGUGUAGACUGGGUCCGAGGAGCAGAAGAUGUCCCCCUCGCUUACACUGUCGAACUUCCAGAUAAAGGAGAUCACGGUUUUCUCACGCCACCAUCAGAGAUACCACUGAUCGGCAAGGAAACAUGGGAAGGGAUCAGGGCGCUCCUGAUAACACUUGCUGAUGACAAGGGUUUACUGAAGACAGCGGAGAUUAUCAUUGUUUAGAUGAUGAUCAGAUCCUUGUUUUGCUGUCGAUGUGAUACUGGCCUCGGAAGCAAAUACAUCAGUUCUUACAGCGGACUUCCUUAGUGCUUUAGAACUUAGCUUAGCUUGUAAGGUCUUCCUUUAAAAUAUUAUAGCAGUGGUAGUUUUAGCUCGGUUCCAUACAGAAUCGCUGAUUCUUUUGAAUGUGUACUUUAUCCUAUAGAUGUUCCUGAUAAUUUCACUUAUAAUUGUAGGUUAUACUCAGAUUUAGAUUUAGAAGGGUAUUAAUCAUGACUAAACUCUCUAUAUCAAAGCUUCUUUAGGAUGUAAAUAGCUGUAAAUGUAGAACUGGAAAUUACCAAUUUAGUUUUAACUAAUUACCUAAAUAAUUUGACAUAAGGACUGAACCCUGAUUGAUUCAGUGUUCGUGAAAAGUUUUAAAACUCAUUUUAUUCGUUUAAAAAUUAUCGUGACAAGAAGCUUUUAGAAUUAAAUGUUUGGCCAUAUUCGGCUUCUCGGAAAUCAGCCACUAAGUGGUUACUUAAUUUAUUCUGUUUUAUUUGUGAUUUCUGUUGAUUUGAUUAAACAAUUCUUUUAUCUUCUUUUGGCGA